AGUUAAUAAAAGGUGUUUACUUAAACAGAGUGUAUGUUUAUUUAUUCAUGUUUCAGUAACCAAGUCGGUUUUAGUUUAACAGAAUAAAAUACUGAGGGAAAAGAGAAAUUAAGAAAUUUUUUUUAUAGCCAGGAUUCAUCAUAGCGGUCUUUUUCGUUUUUAUAAAUGCUACUAAUAAUGAUGAGACGGAUUUAUUUCACAUUGUCAAUUCAACUUUUCUUGCAUUAAGUGCAUCAAUGUAUUCAUUGCUGAAUCCAACCACAUGAAGAGUGAUCUAUAACUUCUAACUUUUAAAAACUAUAUAUUUAAAAGCCUCUGUAAGAUUUUGAAAGCUUUUGCUAAUUAUGUCAAUGAAAAGAAAGCGCAUUUUCCAUCAUCCUCAAGUUACGGCUCCAUUGAAUGACGAAACGAACCAACGGUGUGCAUUCCCAGAAGUAGUUGAGAAUCAAGAUACCUUGGAAGAAAUUCAAAUUCCUCUCGAUGGUUUAGACUAUCUUGCUGCCGUAAGAAGAGAAGCCAUGUCACUAAAGUCUUUUAAGACUGCCAAUGUUCAACCAGAAAAACCAGACACCAAAACGCGGAAUCCUUUGUAUACGGAAGCUACACAACCUGUCCGUUUUCCAGAACCUCUUUUAAAAAACCUUUAUGAUCUCGUGGAACAGAACAAUAAAAAGUUAUCCACGUACCCUCCGCAUUUGUUGUUGGACAAUUCUACAUUGCCUAGUACCUUGCAACAGUGGAGACAAACUAUAGCUAACAAAAUUCCUUCAUGGGAUUUUGUAGCGAGUACUGACUUAGCUACUAUUUUGGAUAUUUUCGAAAACUGUGCUUACUGGUUAGAAAACGAUACUCUUGAUGUACAGGCUCAGUGGUUAUUUUGUUUUUGCUGUAAACUACCAGAUAUUUUGAACGGUGAGGAUAUAUCUACGUUAAGAUCGGCUUUGCGCUCGUUGAGAAGUACGCAUACUACCUUUUCGUCCAUUCAAACAUCAGCUUCUACUUUAAAUUCUGUUUUGGUAUUUCGUUAUGGCCAGAAUGAUUUGCUUUAAUUUUGACUUUAGCUAUCAUCAUACAAAGAUACAAGACCAUGAUAGUAGAACCGCUUUGUUUAUAUGAGAGUUGUACAUUUUUUAAUUAUUUCGUAUUUAUUUUAAUUCCUUAUAAUCUUUUCAAA